AUGCACAAAGAAAAGAAGGAGUCCAGCUCCCUGGCCGAGUUCUUCCAGCGAUGGAAGUCGACCUUUUUCUACUCCUUCGUAUUGGUCUCCAUCUAUCUCUGGGCAACUGCUCCUCCGAAGACCAACUACCAAAACCUUCGACUUGAUCGGCUGAGUUCUCUCCCUCUUCUAAAGGUUGAAAAUCUGGUCGACACGGAUCCGUUCGAUUCCGACUGUCGUUGGUCGAACUGCUGGGAUAUCUUCAACUGUACAAAGCUGACUGUUUAUGCUCCUCCUCUUCAACACUUUCACGAUGGCGGAAAGAAGAAGGUAACGCCGGAUAUUUCGCGCGAAUUCUACUCGCUUUACAAAUGGGUGGCCGAAUCCGAGUAUUACACUAACAACGCUGAAACUGCUUGUGUACGACUUCCGCCAAUCGAUUUUCUCUCCCUUUCUCGCGUCGAAAACAUUCAAAAAGCAUCUGCUGUUCUGAAGAACUUGCCCUACUGGAAUGGCGGGAAAAACUGGGUGAUCUUCUCGAGUCACAGUGUCAAAGACUUCGAGCUGGAGACCGGAGAGGCGCUCGUGGCGACCUCGACAUUGACCGAUUUUACGGUUCGACAUGGAUUCGACAUUCCGAUCUCUUUCUAUUCACAUUUCCUUCGUCCGAUCGUGGAUUUGUCUGAAGAUUUUUUCGAAGAAGAGCGAACAUAUGAUCUGAUUUCUCUCGGUCCCUUCGAAUCCUCGAUUGAAACCGGCCUCAGAUCAAUUUCUGGUCUCAGCCAGCUGAAACUGAACAAAUGCGGAUCUGCCGACUCAUACUGCUCAAUAACCGGUGAAUCUUUUGAAAUUCCUCUUUCGAUGAAGAAGGCGAAAUUCUGUCUUGUUUCUUACUCGGCAAAAUUUGGUUUCCAGAACAAAAUGCUUGCCGCUGCUCUUGGAACCGGCUGCUACCCGAUUAUCGUUGGAAAAUACUCGUUACAGCUUCCAUUUCAAGAAAAAAUUGACUGGAAUGAAUUCUCGACCACUUUCCGACCUUCUGACAUGCAUAAAAUCGCCGAUUUCAUUCAAAAGUUUCCAAAGGAAGACCUCAUUCGAGCUCGAGAACGCGGCAUCUGGACUUUUGACAAGUUCUUUUCUUCCAUGGGCGCUGUUUUCGAAGGGUUUCUGGGGCAUCUCCAUGAUCGACUCUUUCCGCAUAAGGUCCACGGUGUUGACUUUUGGAAUGGACCGAUAAGAGGAGUUCAGUCGCCGCUGUUUCUUAACAGAAUAGCGCCAGACGAAGGCUUUACGGCAGUGAUCUUGGCCUACGAUCGAGUCGAAUCACUGUACCGGGUCAUCGAGUCCGUCGCCAAGGCACCGGGGCUGAAAAAAGUACUCGUGAUCUGGAACAAUCAAUCGAAGGCACCGCCUCUUGCCUCUACCUUUCCUCAAAUUUCUAUUCCGAUUCGAGUGAUUCAGACGAAGAAGAACGUCCUCUCGAAUCGAUUUUAUCCUUACGACGAGAUCGAAACCAGCUGCGUUCUCUCAAUCGAUGACGAUAUUGUAAUGUUGACGGCGGAUGAGAUUCAAUUUGGCUACCAGGUCUGGCGAGAAUAUCCAGACAGACUGGUCGGGUAUCCGAAUAGACUGCAUCUGUGGGAAGAAGACAAGCAAAAUUGGAAAUACGAAAGUGAAUGGACAAAUGCUAACAGUAUGAUUUUGACUGGAGCUGCGUUCUAUCACAAGUACUUUUCGCAUGCGUACUAUCAUCAAACACCAGCUAAAAUCGUCAACUGGGUAGAUGAGCACAUGAACUGCGAAGAUAUUCUGAUGAAUUUCGUGAUCGCUAAUCAAACCGCGAAAGCUCCUCUAAAAGUCUCACCGAGGAAGAAAUUCAAGUGCACCGAGUGCUCUCAGCAAGUCUCCAUUUCCGUCGACCCGGGACAUAUGGUCGAGCGAUCAGAGUGCAUCAACUUCUUUGUGAAAGAGUUUGGCAAGAUGCCGCUGAAAGCUGUUGAAUUUCGGGCCGACCCGGGGAAAUUAUAUUUAUUGUAA